AUGGAGUCUGCUUUGCAUGGCUCUAAUUUUCCCCCACUUUCCACUUCUUCUCCUGUUACCAAGGUUCCUUCCUCUUUGAAGGACUGGUGUAACAUUUUUUCUCCAGCUCAAAGCUCUCCUUCGUCCAAGAGCUUCAGUUUUUCUCAUCAUCCGCAUGAGCCUGAAGUUAUUCCUUUCUCUUGUGAGAAACUUGCCUCUGGCAGUGAGGACUGGAGCCUCUGCCUUGUUGGUUACUCCAUUGGUCGGAGACCUUUUUAUGAAGCUCUUUUGGGAGCUAUCAACAAGACCUGGUCUUUGAAAGGUUCACUCAAGCUUCUCUCUCUGAGUGAUGGUUUCUUCCUUCUUCGUUUCUCUUGCUCUGAAGAUUUUGAGAUGGCUUGGUCAAAGGGAGUGUGGUUUCUGCUUGGUAAGCCAUUUGUCCUCCAAAAAUGGCACCCCAAAUUUAAGCCGAAAAGAGAAGACUUCGCUGAAGUGCCUAUUUGGAUCAAGAUCCAUGACUUGCCUUUGGCUUGCUGGAAUUCGGAGGGGAUCUCGCAGAUUGCUAGCAAGGUCGGUAUUCCUGUUGCUGCUGAUCAACUGACGACGCAAAAAUCUAGGCUUACUUAUGCUCGUGUUUGCGUUCUUGUGGACAGUAAGGCCUCUUAUCCUGAAGUUAUUAAAGUUUCCCUAGAUGGUGAUAUUUCUGAACUUAGAGUUCAAUAUGAAUGGAGACCUUCUCCUUGUGAACAUUGUCAGUCUUUGGUUCAUGAUUCCGCUGCAUGCCCUAAAAAUCCAAAUCCGAAGAUCACGGAGCCUUCUACCUCUAAGCCUUUUGUUAGAGGUAGAAGUUUCAGUAAAAAACCAUCUAGCAGGAACAUAUCUCGUUCCAGACCUCCCAAAGCGAAUUCGGCUGUGAUCAUCUCCAAAGAAAAAGAAAUUGUUAAUUUGGGUAUUACUAUUCCUUUGCACUCGAAUAGCAUUGGGCAACCUGUUCACUACCAACGCCAUUCCCCUCCGCCGUCUGAUAAGCCACCAGUCACUUUGCCGUCCUCGGCUAUCCAAGGAGAUUCUCAUAUCAUCAAACCUUCUGUGGUGGUUUAUGAACCCAUUGGGAAUAUGUCUGGUGAUGUUAACACUUCCAUCCCGAAUUUGAAUGUAGUUGCGGAAGAGCUCUCCUCUUCCUCCUCCUCCCUUAUGGCUUCUGCCCUUAAGCCUUCUACCAGUAUCAAUUCUCCUAAUAAAUUUGAUAUUCUUACGGAUUUGGAUUCCAUGAGUAAAGAAGAUAAAGAUGUUGAUGUCCAGGAUAAGGAUUUAAAAUUGACUGGUAAGGGGAAAAAACAGGCUAUCACUGACAAUCCAAAGAAAUCUGCUAAGGGAAAGCAGAAUAAAAAAUCCCAAACCCAUCAAAAUUCUUGA